UUCACUGCUAUACGAUUGCGUGAAGUGUGAUUGUGACUGCAAUGAUUAUAUCUUCCCACUCGCACAGUAGCACAGUAGACGCUUUUCGGGACAGACACCCUGCAUGAUUCUCUUUGGCGAACAGGACCUGCCAUCUGGGGAGCGAAGAAAACACUUUGACGAGAAAUGAAGCUCGUGGCAGUGAUCGUCGCAAAUGUAAUGCUUUUGGGAUUAACUACGACGAUGCUUAGUUGCGGAGCGGCACAGGAGAAUGACGUCCGCUUCCACUGGGACACAGAUGGCCGGCCAAUCGUGCGCACGCCCAAGGGGACUCUCAAGGGCUUGAAGGAGGAAUCAGUAAAUGGUCGCCCCUUCCUCUCCUUCUACGCCAUCCCGUACGCAAAGCCUCCCCUGGCUGAACUGAGAUUCCAGGAUCCCGUUGAAGAGGAGGCGUGGACAGAGAUGCGUGAUGCAUCCAGCCAGCCAGAGCCGUGUUCCCAGGUCUCCUUCAAGACCGCAAAGGCAGGCGCCGUAACGGAAGACGACGUAGUAGGCUCAGAGGACUGCCUCUACCUUAAUGUGUUCACUCCGCAGGUGGGUCAGGGCGAGGGGCUACCAGUGAUGGUGUUCCUGCACGGGGGCGGCUACGUCGGCGGGGCUGCAAAAGAGCACGAGCCUCACGUGCUGCUCGAUCACCAAGUGGUGCUGGUUGUGCCUCAGUUCAGGUUGGGAACGCUAGCUUUCCUUUCGACGGAGGACGAUGUGAUACCAGGCAACAGCAUGCUGAAAGACCAGGUGGCGGCCCUCAGGUGGGUGCAGCGCAACAUCUGGAUAUUUGGCGGCGACGCAAGAAGAGUGACGAUGUUCGGGGAGAGCGCCGGCGGCACCACCUCCAGCUUUCUCGCCCUCUCCCCGAGAGCCCGAGGACUCUUCUCACGUACCGCCUGGCACUCCGGAUCAGCCCUGACACCAUUUGCCUUGGGAAAGUUCCACCGGCAAGUGGCGGAGGAGACGGCGACCUCCAUGGGACUCUCUGGGAAUUUAGACUCUAGAAGCAUUCUCUCUUUCUUACAAACAGUAUCUGCAAAGUCAUUAACCCUCGUCGCUUUUAAAUAUUAUAAAUGGUUUGUUUUGCCAUCCGUGAUGAUACCUCGUAUUGACGGAGACUUUAUUCCUGAAGAUCCUUACAAGAUGGUGGUCAAGAUGGCCUGUCCUCCCUGGGACCUCAUGAGCGGUUUCACAGCCCAAGAUGGCGGGAUUCUCACUCAUCCUUUUUAUUUCCGGGAAGAUAUGAGAACUAGCCUGAAGGAGAACUUUGCUGAAAUUGGUCCCCUCAGCCUGCUUAUGAGUCCUCAAAAUGACACGAACCGAUUGACGCAGGCUACAGCUCUCUACCAGUACUACCUCGGUGAAGAUAUCGACAUUGAACUGAGUGAAAACUAUACGCAGUUCAUGACCGAUUACACCUUCGCGGUGCCAAGCGACCUGAUGGUCCUGUCGCACGCCGCAUGUCGGGAGCCACGUAACAACACCUUCACUUUCAAGUUUAAUUACCGCGGUGAACAUUCUGCAAGUGACAGGUAUAAUGUCACAAUCGGGAAGGAGUGGGUGACUCACUUGGAUGACCUCAUCUACCUGUUCCCUGCUGACGCUUUGCUGGAAGGCGCCGAGCCUCUGUCAAGCCCUGAGGAUCUUGCCGUCCGAGACAUCAUGACGAAACUUUGGGUCAACUUUGCAGCUACUGGGAACCCAACACCGGACGCUUCUCUGGGAUUCACGUGGGAGCCUGUACAGAGAAACGCCAUAAAGAGUCUGAACUUGACCCCAUCCCCAACCAUGGAGGCAGACCCUUACGGCAAGGUACGUGACUUUUACAGGACAGUGCUGCCAGAGCACGAUGAACUCUUGAGGAAACUGGAAAGACGCGCCAAAUGCUAAGAAUACUGGGCACGUGAAUAAUGCUCGAGCAUUAUUAUAUAACACUGUUAUUGUUAUAUAAUAGAAGUUGAUGGAUUCAUAGGAGAAAGUUAUUUAGCUUAUUUCAGUAUUAGUUUAGAAUACUAAUAUUUUAAUAUUAGUCAACAUACAUACUUAUAUUGAUGAUGAUGAUCAUGAUGAUGAAAAUAAUAAUAACAAUAAUAAUAAUAAUAAUAAUAAUAAUAAUAAUAAUAAUAAUAAUAAUAAUAUGGUGAUGGUGAUGAUGCCGAUGAUGGUGAUGAUAAUAUAAUAAAUAUUAUUAAAAAUUAUUGUUAUUAUUAUUAUUAUUAUUAUUAUUAUUAUUAUUAUUAUUAUUAUUAUUAUUAUUAUUAUUAUUAUUAUUAUUAUUAUUAUAAUUAUAAUUAUUAUUAUUAUUAUUAUUAUUAUUAUUAUUAUUAUUAUUAUUAUUAUUAUUAUUAUUAUUAUUAUUUUACUAAAUUUAUUAUUUUUUUAAUUUCAUCACGAUCAUUGUUUUUGUUAUGUCAUAGUACAUUACAUUAUACAGUAUUUUAUUAUGAUAUAUUAUAUUAUAUUUACUGUAUUAAAAUAUAUUAAAUCAAUAAGUUAUGAGGUGAGCGCGUGCCCACUAAAUCCGUCUCCUGUUCACUGGCCCGUGCUCUCUUUACAGUACUUUAUUAUAUGACGCAGCAUUUUACUUGCUUCAGCUCUCCGUAGCUUGUUCCUGGCUGCCAUGUUUUCAACGUAUAGACCUCUAUAAGUUUACAGUCCCAUACAAGACUCUAUCAUGUUGGUGUGUCAGUAUGGUGGCUUAUUUCAUUUAUGAUCAAGACUUAAUUUGCUGGCAAAAUAAACUAUUAUAAAUAACUACUUUUAACAUUUCAAGGAAGUAGGAAGGAAGACAGCUACCGAGACGUGCGUAAGCCACUCUCGGUGAGGUAUAUAUGGGAAGCGAGGAGGGUGCUGAAGCCCUCCAAAGACCUUCCCAUGUCCUCACUUUCCGUUUCUCUAGUCUCAUCAACACCAGACAGUAGGUUCAGCAUCCUCUCUAAACACAGAUCCUCUCUCUUUCCACACCACACUACAUUCACACAACAUACAUACACACCAUUUCCCAAAAUUUUACAAAUUCAAAAUGACGUACUUUAACAAUGCCUCGAAGUCCCCGCCUGUGGGGGGGACCACAAAUUCCCCUAGGGAGGACUCCCCUUUUGGCUGCCGACUUGAGAGGUGUCUUGAUAACUCCUCAGACCUCUUUCUUAUCAAUUCCUGCAACAUUCGCGGUCUUCGUUCCAAUUUCCAUUCUGUGGAGCACCAUCCCUCCUCCUCUAAACCUCACUUUCUCUUCUGCACCGAAACACAGGUAUCAGCGGCUACUGACAGCAGUCUCUACUCUCAGACUCUGUUCCCGCCUACUAUCUCGAUCUUAAGUUUCAAUACAUAGCUGAUUGUUGCGCCUACGUGCGCAACGACAUCACUUGCUCUUGUGCCCACGACCUUGACUUUUCUGAAUUUUUCACGUGUAGGGGGGGGGCUCCACUCACACAGCUCUCUUGGGCAGAAUGGAGUCUAAGGCUCUUCGUCUCAUCAGCUCUCCUCCUCUUACUGAUAGUCUUCUACCUCUUAAAUUUCGCCACCAUGUUGCCUCUCUAUCUUCUAUCGAUAUUUUCAUGCUGACUGCUCUUCUGAACUUGCUAACUGCAUGCCUCCCCCCCUCCCGCGGCCUCGCCACACACGACUUUCUACUGAAGCUCUUCCCUACACUGUCCAAAUCCCUUACCAAAGAGUUAACCAGCAUCUUCACUCUUUCAUCCCUCACGCUGAUAAACUCUGGAACAAUCUUCCUUCAUCUGUAUUUCCUCCUGCCUACGACUUGAACUCUUUCAAGAGGAGGGUAUCAGGACACCUCUCCUCCCGAAAUUGACCUAUCUUUCGGCCACUCCUCUAACUCUUAUUAACUCUUAUUAUUAUAACUUCCUCUGCUGUAAAAAAAAAAAAAAAACUAAAUACAU